AUGGGCAAUUGUAAUGGCUGCGGCUGCUAGGAUAGAGAUGAAAUUACUCAGCAAGUUGACUUGGCUAUUGAGGAUCAAUAUUUUAUCAAAAAGAAGAAAGGAGACUUUAAUUCUGCAUAGAGCUCAAAUGUGAUGUUGAGUAAUUAAGCAUCGUUGGUGAAGUUUUAAGCAAGUUGGAGAGGAUAUUUCCAAAGAAAAAUGAUCAAGAGGUUGCAAGAAGACAUGGAAAGGGAGAAAGGACCUUCUAAGUACUUCCUUAAAGUCGAAGCAAUGGAAACUGUGUCUAAUAGAGUAUUUAAUCCUAACCAGAAGUAGGAGUUUAGACCAACUUAUAUUUAUAAGACAGGAGCAAAAUUUACUGGAGAAUGGCUAGGUGGUUUUAGGAAUGGUUUCGGUACAAUGCAAUGGCCAGAUGGAUCUACUUACUAGGGCUAGUGGGUACAAGGAAAAGCUGAUGGCUAUGGUAGAUUUGUUUACCCAAAUGGAGACCAAUACAUUGGAAUGUGGAAGAAUGAUAAGGCAAAUGGUUGGGGUGUAUCGCACAAGAUGGAUGAAAAUGGUGAAGGGCCGAUCAUACUAGAGGGAAUGUUCAAAGGUGAUAGACUUAGCGGUUUCGGAAGAAUGAAGGUAGUUAAAGAUGACACUCUUUACGAGGGUUAAUUCUACUAAGGAAAUAAAGAUGGUUGGGGAAUCAUACUGUGGCCAGACAACUCUGUCCUUGAAGGCAACUGGACUAAGGGAAAAAUAAAUGGUGUUGGCUUGUAUAAGUGGAGCGACGGUAGACAAUACAGUGGAGAGUGGGUAGAUCAGAAACUCCAUGGUGUAGGUUUAUACAAAUGGAAAGAUGGAAAAGUUUAUAAAGGUGAAUACACAAACGAUAAGAAACAUGGCUAUGGAAUCUACACUUUGCAAGAUGGAAGAACUUACGAAGGAUGGUGGGUCGAUGGUAAAUAGCAUGGUAUAGGGUGCUUUAUUUUUGAAGAUGGUAAGUCAAGACAGAUGAAGAAUAAAAAAGGAGUCUGGGAAGAUGGGAAGAGAAUCAUGUGGCUAGAGAAUCCAGAAGUGGUUAGAAAAAUUGAAUAGGGUGUCAUUGAUUAUCGAACAUUCAUGCAAAUACCUGAAAAUUAAAUGCGCGAGCAUGUUAGUGGAAAUUCGCAUUUGUUUGAUAAACCAGAUUAUAUUGAUGAUCGACUUGAAGAUAUAUAGGUGAUCGUUAAUUCUAAUUCAGAGAGUCAUCAAAAAGACAAAGAGUACUUUUUAUAGAAAGUUCAGGAAACUAAGGAACGAGUUGACGAGGCAGUUGAUUUUUCUGAUAGACUUCUCACCUCAAGCUCGAAGUUCAGAGCACAGCAAAAAGGUUCAUUUUAAAGUCAGAGAAUGACGUUCGGCCUUAGACCUGACACUAACUGA